AUAGUAACUGUUUUCUCGGCACCGAGAAGAGAGAGGAAUAGAAAGCUAAAUAUCUAAGUUGUUUUGUAGCUCUCUGACGAACCGAAAAUUAACAGGUCGUGGGGAAAUAUUUGUCAUAGAGCGAAAAAGCCGAAAUUUACUGGAUGUUAGACGUAAUUUCAUACCUGUAAUUGAAGUGAGGUUUGAUAGAACGCGGCUACAGAAUCCAAAUUGUAUGUCUAAGGUGCUAACUGUUAGCUGACAGGCUACCUAGCAUAGCCGCCGAAGCAAUGGCGUUGAAAAGAAUUCAGAAGGAACUGUCUGACCUGCAGAGGGACCCUCCUGCCCAGUGCUCUGCAGGACCAGUUUCAGACGAUUUGUUUCACUGGCAGGCAACAAUAAUGGGUCCAAGUGACAGCCCCUAUCAGAGUGGAGUGUUUUUCCUCACCAUUCAUUUUCCAACAGAUUACCCCUUCAAACCACCAAAAGUUGCAUUCACAACAAAGAUUUACCACCCAAAUAUCAACAGCAAUGGCAGUAUUUGUCUGGACAUACUGAGGUCACAGUGGUCACCAGCUCUUACCGUGUCAAAAGUCUUAUUGUCUAUCUGCUCUCUUCUGUGUGAUCCAAAUCCUGAUGACCCAUUGGUCCCAGAGAUUGCUCAUACAUACAAGGCUGACAGGGAAAAGUACAACAAGUUAGCAAGAGAAUGGACACAGAAGUAUGCAAUGUAAGAGCACCAUGGAGAUUAAAAUAAAAAUGAGAACAAAAGAACCACAGAGGGUCUGUAACUUGAGGCAAAUGAGCAACAGAGGAGAAAAAAAAUAAACAUGUUUUGAAAAGGAAUUGAUACAAUGAGGUACAGUGCCACUUGGCUUUCUGUGUGCUGAGCUGCUACCAUGUGCUGUCCUUCAUGACUUGUAUGGAUCUGCGAGCAGGACCUGAUGGACUUCUUAAAGCACUCCCAUAUGGAAUACUGGAAUUUCUUUACAGUACCUGAUGCCACACUGAGACUGUAAACCUUACCCCUCUUAUUGCUAUUGUUAUUAUUGUUAUCACCAUCAUUAUUGCUACUCCUACACUUUAUUUUUACUCUCAGUGAGUCAUGAAAUUGUGUUACAGAGAUGCAACAUAUUUGAUUUAGGAGACUUGUUUUCUCUUCAUUUCAGCGGUACUAUCUGUGCCCCACUGGGUUUUUGCUGUAUUUCUGUUAUUUAGUGGCCUUCUGUGUUACAUUUGUAGUACACGUGCAAUUGAGGCAGAAUGUUCCCCGUUGAACACAACAUGGUGCAGUGCCAUCACCAGCAGAUGUUUUGUUGGUACUGUCUCUACCCCGAAGCAAUGUGAAAUGCUCCAAAAGAAAAAUAAAAAAAACAUUGGUUUUUAUUGUCCACUGAAAAUGAACAUUGAGCAGUAUUAGAACGUGUUGAAGACACUGGAGAGCUGCUGUUCAGAGCCUGCUGGCUUACAUUUAUUCCUCUUUUUCUUUGGGUGAAUGUUCAUUUCUCUCUUUCAUAUGUGCCAUCACUGGCCUUCCAUACUUAACAACCAUCAGCUUAUUCAUAGUGCUCAAAUACUACUUUUCUUUGUGUUGGGUGGCUAUGAACACUGCUACUCUCUGGCGUAGAACCUAACAGUGUGCCAUCUCCUCAGUACAGUUACUCAGGUACCUAACCGCGUUAUCAGUUCGUGGUGGAAGACAUGUCCCAGCCAUCUGUCAUCAGUCUUAUAAAUAUAUAGUUCUAAUCUCUGUUCCCUCCACAAAGAGGCAAUAUGUUAUGCACUAGUGUGUGUGAGUGUGUGUGUGUGUGAGAGAGAGAGAGAAUAACUGUCAUUUGCAUUAUUCUCCAGGUUUUCAUACUUUUUAUUAAAAAAACCCUGGGAUCUAAACAUUUUACUCAACUUGUAUAUUUUCUUGUAAUGGAAUAGCGUUUGGCUUUAAGUGGUGUCCCCUUGUAUCAAAAACGACUAUGUUGAGCAGAAAUGAACCUUUUAAAAACCCAGGUAGUCAAUUUCAUGAGCAUGGAAUUAUGAUGAAUAAAUGCAGCAUCUUACCAUGAGAGAUGCAAACACUGAUUUGAUGCUUUGCAUUUCUUCAUGUUCAUGAGUGGAUCUGCAAACUCAUUAAUUUUUAUUUAUUUAUUUUUAUUAACACUGACAGUAAAAUAUUUUGUCUCCAUGAUACAUCUGUGUUUUUGUUUAUUUCUAAAAACUUACAUUUUUGUCUUUUUCCCCCUUUUAUGUAACAAAAAUCUAGCAUGAUUGGUGUUCCUCACCAUGUCUAAGGUUCAUAUUGUAACUGCAGAAGUUAUUUUUUACAGUUGUUUCACUUUGCUGGUUCUGCCCAUUUAAAGGGAGUAAUUUGAUAUAAGGGGAAAUCAAUUUUGCCGUGGAUUUACAAUUGAAUAGAAUAAUCUAGAAAUAUAGAAAAGCAUGAUGGGUCUUGUAGAAUUAACAGAUUUAGGCACUGCAUAUACAUUUUUAUAAUUUUAGCUGCUGUAAAAGUAACCAAGUUCUGAAAUACAAUGUAAACUAAAAACUUAAAAAAAUACAUCCUAUAUAUGCAGUGAAAGGCCAACUAUGACUGAAUGCAACCCCAACAAUGUGAGUGAAGCAACAGUGACUUCCCGUGUCCAAUGUGCUCGGUAGAGUUUUAUUAGGCAGCUUGGCAUGCAUUGCUCUGGAGAAACUUCUCAUGGCCAUUUGCCAGAAAUCAGGGAUUUUGUCACAAUUCAUUUGCCUAACACCUCAAACUAAAAUUCUAGCCUUAACCCUCAUUCUGUGUAGAGGAUGUGCCAUUAACUGUAACUUUGCUGUCAGGAGUUAUCCCAAAUUUGGGGGAUUCACUUCAUUGAUAUAACAGCAUGCUUAAAUAACAAAUAUCCGGCUUUGAUGGAACGCAGAAUCAGCCUUCAUGCAUCUUUAAAACUGGAGUAAAUGUGUUUCUUCUGCAUCAACAUCUUUACUUAUGAACAAAACCCAAUUGACCUUGUUAUAACAUGAAAAUAAAGCUCACCUUGGUUUA